AAACUAACCACGCCUCCAGCUGACUUAAGUUGUGAAACCCUUUAAGAGAGAGUGCGCGUGAUGAGUGCUCGCAACGUUUUGAAUAGGAAGAUGAAUUUCACAAAGUGUCGCUCGGUGCUGAUCACGGGGGCUAGCAGGGGCCUCGGACUGCAAAUGGUCAGACAGCUGCUCGCUACGCCGGAGAGACCCCAAAAGAUCAUUGCAACCGCCCGGAAUCCAGCCGCUGCAGAGGAACUGCAAGAACUCGUCAAGUCUAACCCAGGCGUUCAUGUUGUGCCUCUAGAUGUCACCAGUGACAGCAGUGUGGACGCAGCAGCACAGGCAGUGGAAUCCAUUGUGGGUGCUGACGGGUUGAACUGCUUAAUUAAUAAUGCGGCGAUUAAUAUCCCCUCCGAACUGAACACAGUCACUCGAGAUGCCAUGAUGAAAGUCUAUGAGAGUAAUACAGUGGCUCCUCUUUUUGUGACCAAGGCUCUCCUGCCGUUGUUGAGAAGGGCGGCGGCAAAAGGCAGUGGCAUGGGAAUCCACAGAGCCGCAGUGAUCAAUGUGUCGUCUGUCCUGGGCUCUGUGCAGCUCAACUGGGGCGAGGGAGCGAGCUUCAAGAGUUACGCUUACAGGGCAUCUAAGAGCGCCUUGAGUAUGGUUACAAGGUGUUUGGCUACCGAUCUGGAAGCUGAGGGGAUCUUGUGCGUCGCCCUUCACCCUGGUUGGGUGCGCACUGAUAUGGGCGGACCAAUAGCACCUUUGAGUCCAGAGGAGAGCAUAUCAUCCGUGUUGUCUGUCAUUUCUGGAUUAAUGGAGGAACAUCACGGUGGAUAUGUGGACUACACUGGAAAAAGCUUACCCUGGUGAUCUCCAUAUUGUGUUAACUGUGUGUUACAUUGUCCGAGUGCCAGAUGACCACUGCGGAGCUAAGACCACAAAAACAGCCUGCGGGAUCAAUUAUUCAUGCUUCCACCUGUGUGUCCCAACCAAGAAGUAAAAAAACAAAAAACUUAGGUCUUAGGAGAAAUGAAAUGGUAUAAAAGGUUACAAGGGUGUGUUUAUACUUUUAAAAUAGAAAAAAGAGAAUUUUUGCUACCUGCCAGUAAUAGUCUUUCAUGGAUAUUGCCUUUUCUAUGAAUAUAAAAUAAAAUAAAAAGACAGACAAUAAAUCGAA